GAUCUGAAGAAAUYRCAGAUGAUGGCUUCUGAUGCCAGUCACAUGCUGGAAGCAGCUUUGGAGCAGAUGGAUGACAUCAUUGCAGGCACAAAGUCAGCCACAGAGUAUGCCAAUGGUUAUGAUAUUGUAUCACCUGCUCCAUCCGUGUACCUGGGCACAUUUCAAAUUCUGCACCUCCUGGAAGAUCUGAAGAUGGCUCUGGAAAUGCUGGAGGACCCUCAGGAGAAAGAAGCACUACGAAAUCAAAUCCCAGGGGCCACAGCAGUGUGUCUGAGGGAGUGGUUUGAGGAGAAUCUGUCACAGGUGAACCAUCACUCAUCCAAUAAUGAAACCUAUCAAGAAAGGCUGGCACGAUUAGAAGGUGAUAAAGAGUCGCUCAUCCUGCAGGUAUGUGCAAAAGAAAGAAUGGUUUUGGCACAGUUGAUAUUCAGGGUAUAAAGUUGGAGUGGUUGG